GCAUUCAGACUUUGACAGAGGCGCAGUGAGCACAGCAGUGACUUCAGCCAAAGAGAACCAACAGGUGACGCGAAAAGACAACUUUGUGUACGGCACUUGGGAAUAUCUGUGGGAAUUUGGUAACAGGCUGAAACUUGCAUAAGAAACGAAUUAUGACUCUGUUUUGGAGAAUAUGUUUUGUCUUUUUUGGAAUGAUGGCGUACUCUGAGGCCUUCCUCCCGAAGAACAUCAAGGAGUCUAUUGACCAUCUGAAUAAUCAUUAUGUAAGAAAAAAUCCCAACCCUGGCAAAUUGUACGAUGGUCAUUCUCUCUUCCUAGACAAGCUAACAAAACAAAAGUUUGAGGAGAGUGAACAGAAGCUCCUGAUGACUAUUAUUCUCGAUGCAUACAACAAAAUUUUCACCAAGAUGGAGAAUGAGACUCAGGAUGAAACGCUGAAGAAUCACUUGCACGAAGUGAAAGACCAAAUGAACAAGCUGAAAGAACACUACUUCUCCGGCAAACAUGCAGACAUCAAGAAAUAUGUCACUGAGCUGCUGGACCUUAAGGAAAAUGACCCACGGAUCCAGAGCAAAGCAAUAUUUGAGCUGAAGGCCGUCUACAAUAAGGCAACGAACCUGGGGCGCAUGUCAGCAGAAAACCCCCGGAGACGACGUCAAGCUAAAAGCUCCAAAAAGCAGCAUUCAUAACCAAAAAGCUCAUUUGUUUAGAUUGUUACCUAGGAGGUGCUUUAAGGUGUAGAUUUAUUUAUUCUAAUACAGUACCUCAUAUUUUAUAUUUUAGUGAUACUGACAUAAUUUAUUAAGUGUUUAAUUCUGAAUGUGUUAAUUUAUUUAAUUUGCUAUUUAUUUUGUGAAAGAAUGUCCAUCGUCUUAUUUGGGUUUAGCAAUUGUUUAUUACUUGCUAAAGCAAAUGUUGUAAGGUCUAUGACUAAAUAAAUUGAAAAUAUUUAUUAUAA